GCCAGGCGGAGGACAAUACCAGCAGCGAUGCCUCACUCCUUGUUCCCCCUGUGCGUCCUGGGACUCAUCGCCAUCUCAUCCGCCUGUUACAUCCAGAACUGCCCCCGUGGAGGGAAACGAGCGCUCCCGGAGACUGGGAUCCGACAGUGCAUGUCGUGUGGCCCCGGAGACAGGGGCCGCUGCUUCGGCCCCAGUGUCUGCUGCGGGGAGGGCCUCGGCUGCCUGCUGGGCUCCCCGGAAACGGCUCGCUGCGUGGAGGAGACCUACCUGCUCACCCCCUGCCAGGCAGGAGGGAGACCCUGUGGAUCUGAGGGAGGACGCUGCGCUGCAUCAGGCCUCUGCUGUAACUCGGAGAGCUGUGCAGUGGAUCCUGACUGUCUUGGGGAGAUCGAGGCCUCCGAUCCGGCCAGACUCUCUGCUGGGAGCUCGGCUGCGGAGUUGCUGCUGCGCCUGCUGCAUGUGGCCACCAGAGGCCAGACUGAGCACUGA